AUGCGAAUUUUUGCUUUGUUUUUAAUAUUUCUUAUUUACGUAAUAAAUAAAACAUACUGUUACGAUGUAAUAGCAAAUAAUACAAAAUUUUUAUUUAAUAGAAAACCAGAUGUAAAUAAGUUUGUGUUCAAUAAAGAUGAUAUACAUAAGGAUGAUAAGAUAGAACUCAAAAUACAUGAACAUAAUAACAAUAACUUAGAAUUUGUAACUAAUUUUUUUAAAAAUGAAAAUGAAAGUAAUAAUAUAACUUAUAAUAAUCAAAUAUAUGAUGAUAAUAAAAGCUCAAAUAAUUAUGACAUAAAUUAUUUUGAUCUACUUAAUAAUAACAGUAAUAAUGACAGUGGUAGAAAUAACAUAGACAGUUAUAACAAUAAUUUGGAUGAUAAUAAUGAAAAUAAUAAUAAUGGAAAUAAUAGAAAAAAGUUAUUUAAGUUAGCUGUUGAAUUAAAAAACGGUUCAAAAAAUGUAAAGAAAAAUAUUAAAAAAAGCAUAAAAAUUUUUAAAGAAUUAACACACGUUGAAGAUGAUAUAGCAUCUUCCUCUUUUUAUGAAUUGGGAAAAAUAUUUUUUAUAGGAUAUAAGAAUCAUUUUUUUUAUUACAAAAGAAAUUUAAGUUUAAGCUUAUAUUAUUUAAAUAAAUCAGCAAAAAUGAAAAAUGCAGCAGCCUUACACUUUUUAAGUUUUAUUUAUUUUUUUGAUUUCCACGAAAUAAGAAAAAGAAAUGAUAGCAAAAAAGAAUCAAAAAAUAAAAUGAAUAAUUCCCAAAAUAAUUUAAGUUACAUAAAAAAAUCUAUUGAAUACGAAAUCAUUGCAUCUUUGUUAAAUUAUACACCAUCAAUUUUAAGUUUAGCAUAUAAAUACUUAUAUGGAAUAAAUGUAAAGCAAAAUUGUAAUAAAGCAAAAAAUUAUUAUAAAACAGUCGCUGAAAAUGUCAUGAAUUCCGAUUAUAUAAAUAUUCCCUUAUCAGAAUUAGAUAUUUUGAGUGUUGAAAAUUUAAAUAUUCAUAAUGAAAUAAACAAUUUGCAAAAUAAUGAAGAAGAAAUUUUAGAAUUUUUAAAUGAACAAAUUAAAGGAGGAGAUGUAAUGGCUAUGUAUGACUUAGGGAAAAAAUAUAAAGAAGAAAAAAAUUAUAAAAAAGCAUUCCAAUAUAUUAAUGAAGCAUCAAAAAAAAAUAAUAUACUAGCUCUUAAAGAACUAGGUAUUAUAUAUUUAUAUGGAAAUGGAACUGAAAGAGACAUAAAAAAAAGCAUAGAAAAUUUUUCAAAAGCAGCAGAAGCAGGAGAUGUAGAAUCUAAAUGUUAUUUAGGAUAUAUUUAUUAUUUCAUUGAUGAUUAUAAAAACUUAAAUUUAUCCUUAAAAUAUCUAAUUGAAGCAGCAAAUCAUGACUAUGGAGAAGCAUUUUUUUUUCUAGCUGAAAUUAUUUUGGAUAUAUCAAUUCAGAAACGUUAUAUCUCAGAUUCCAUUUAUAAAAUUGUGUUUAAAUUAUAUGAGCAUUCAGCUGAUUUGGGGUAUAUACAAGCAUAUUUCCGAGAAGCUCAAUUGUAUGAUAUUGGAAAAGGAGUUAAACAGUCGUGUUUAAAUGCAACACUUUCUUAUAAAUUUAUUGCCGAAAGCACUCUUUGGAUAAAUAAAAUAAGACAAGGUAUGAAUUAUUAUUUAGAAAAAGAUUACUUGAAUGCUUUUUAUACUUAUGCGCUAGCCGCAUAUGAGGGUUAUGAGGUCGCUCAGAAUAACUUAAUUUAUAUUUAUAAAAAAAAUAAAUUAGAUAAAUAUAUAAAAUUAGAUAAAAUUAUGCAAAUUUUAAAUUUAUUAUACAAACAAGGUAAUUAUAAAGUAUUAUAUGAAAUUGGUGAAAUAUAUAAAAAACAAAAUAAUGAAAAAUUAUCUAUUUCUUAUUAUAAAAUGGGAUUAAAAAAAGGAGAUUUGAGAAACUUAUUACCUUUAUCUAUUUAUUAUGAAAAAAAUAAAAAAAACGAUAGGGCUUUAAAAUAUAUAAGCUAUUUCAUAAAACAAAAAAAAAGAGAAAAAGAAGCAAGUAACACAAAAACAGAAAAACUAAAAAAUAUAAUAGGAAACUCAUUAUUAUAUUUUCGUAAAUAUAAAUUAUUUUUUAAAAAUUUGUUUAACCUAAAAAAAAAAAAGAAAAAUUAA